UGGAGGCAAAGAGAGUGAACAGUUAAAAGUGGAGUGCCACAUCAUGGCCACACGGCCUGACAGGGUGGUCACAUAUACCCCCCAAAGUGUCUUUCCCAUGGCGAUAUCCCCAAGGUUAUUAUGUAACUCAAGAAAAUCCCGCGACGUGCACUCGCUCAUAGACAUUGUGGUGUUAUCGGGAUCACGCACACAAUCGAAUUGCGGAACAGUGGACUAUUGAUAGGUGCGGACACUGCGAUAUCCGGUAUUAUAGUGCACAAGUGCUGGACUGUUAAGUGGCCCGAUCUCUUAGGCUCAGACGAGGAGGAUUCGUGUAUCUCUGGCGAGCCAAGUGGAGGCGCACACAGAAAAAGAGGCGAACUCAGAAGGGGGUUGACCGGGAGUCAGUUGAAAGGUGGAUGAAUGUCUUGGCACAGGAGUUCAACCCACUGGCUGGACUGAGAAGCGGCGGGAAAAAAGAGGCAUUCGGAGGGCGUGCAUAGCAUGCAUACGGGCCAAUAAGGACGAAAAAGAACCCAAGGUACGUAGAGGUGCCCGAGACCGCCGUGACGUCAAUUGGAGUAAGAGCAAGCGAGCAACAGAGACUGUUCCCUGUGCUGUCUUAAAUGAUUCUUCCGUGCAAUUACCAACUGCAGGUAAUCUAUCGCCUGGACGCCUCAUAACCUUGAUUGGCCUGGCAGCAAGUUAAAUGCCAUGUCCUUGUAAGUUCUGGAUCGCAUAUAGAAUCCCAUCAAGAUCCCUUCCGGAGACUGAGUCCCUGCAAUCGGACAGAAAGGUUUACGCCGUCAAGACUUAGAGUUGGGUGCUUGUAUAAAUCAAAUUUUGCCACAGUUUCAAAGAAAGACAUUUUUGAAUUUGUACAUCACACAAGAACUUCACAGGAAGUGAAAUAAUUCCUUGUGCGUUCUUUUUGGUCCACGGGAAGUGAAAAGAAGCGGAGAGACUGUGUUUCGUCAUCUUCCAUUAAACUUGAAUUGCGCUCCACACUCUGUGUUGCACACUGUUCCUCGGGAGACGCGCGAGGGUGCACAAGGGACUAUGCCAAAACACCCAUAGCUGCAGUUUUCGCAAUCAAGCCAGAGGUGGAGAGUCCCUUUUGUAAUCUCCCCAAGAGUCCAAGAUCAAGAACGAGAAGUGAGGACAAUUGUGGGACUGUCGAGGUUGCCAUGCUGUAGUUGCUAUAGUGGUAGACUUAAGACAUAGGCUUGACACAGGAGGUACUCUGUAGUGUUUGUGUUUGCAUAUCCUGUUAUAUAUACCCUGAACGCCUGACUGUGAACAAUUAGUCAGGGUGUGGGUGGGGCUACUUGUGAGUGAAUAGUGUUUCAUGGUUCCUACAUGUACAAGACACUUUGGUGACCACACAGAUUGUCAAUAGAAACGGUGAAUCUAGGUGUACACCUGCAUAGUCCCACACAAGAGACCUUGAUCAUGUUGCGCGAAACCCUGCAGACGCUGACCUGCUUGAGUGUCCUCAGCGGCACCUACUCCCUCCACAUGGCAAGAGACUCAUAUCGUCACGAUGACGUGAGCGACGUGGGCCUGCACACAGUCCAGACCGUCGACGCCCACGGUCGCCACGACGAUCAUCGGCUGCAUCCGCUAGACUUCAUAGGCGCACGCAGUGGCGAUGAGGAUGCGUACGCCGUGGAGCCCACCUUCUCGCACGACGUCCCGCCCAAGGCGCUGCAGGACCUGUUCAACACGGACAGCCUGGACAUGCGGCAGAAGGAGAAGCAGAACAAGCGCACUCCGGGCAAUGCGGGUGGCUCCACAUCCAGCUCCACAUCUGGCAUUCCCAAUCUACCGCCCGUACCGCACAGCAUUGCAAACCAACUCAUGUUGCGGAGCGUCCGUGGACAGAGGCAAUACGACGUGCCGCAAAUAGAAUGUCCGCCAGCGAUGGAUGGCAUGGAGAGGUUCGCGUGUCCGACGCCGGAUCGGCAAGGCCGGUAUCGGUGUAUAGAUGAUCAUGUCUUAUGUGAUGGUUUCAUCGACUGUCCCGAUGGCGAAGAUGAAGACCGACAAGCCUGUAUGUUCUACAAAACGACGAAAGCUCACCUGGAUGUGUUAGCGGACGCCUUGCUGCGAUGGGCCCGAGGGCGCUAAGACGGAACUGAAACUACUGAUGUUAACGUAAAUCAUAAAGAAAAUGCAACCACAUUAAGAGUAAAUACACUAAAAAACCGUAGAUGGGUGUAUUUAGAUGAGAAAAAGAUACAUAUAUGUACAAUUCCAACCAAAAGAAGAAACCCAAAUAUCAAUAAAUCAUUCACAAUUUACACCACACAUUAUACAUUUUCAGUUUGACACUCUUAUCAAAUCAAAAGAAAGAAAGAAAAAAAAACACUGAAUUUGACACUCUUACAAAAAAUAAAGAUGAUGAGAAAAAAAAACGUGAAAUUAUGCACACAAGAAUCUCUCUUACCAAAAGUCAAUCUUAGCAAAAGUUCAUUUUAGGAAUGAUAUAAUCUCAUCAGGAGAAUUGAACCAAAAUAAAAGAAACUUCAACACACCAUCACAAGUUCUGGUAAACUAUGUGACAGGCAAAGCCACACUCCCCUUGCUUGAAAAUGUUUUUCCUCUCUUCACAAAGAACACUUUUUCCCUUUAUGAUUUCCACAUACACUGUCCAUGUAUUCCACACAUCAAAGUAAAAGUAAAAACAUUGUGAGACUUCCUGAAGAAUGGAAAAUAAUAGAAAAAUCACCUCCCUUAUUACUUAUUAAAGUCAGUACGUUAUGUAUAACAUUGUACCCACUAAUGGAAACCUAUUCUCAUGGAUAAGGCAGCUAUCUGUAGAUAAGUAUGAAGAAAAUUUAUUAAAUUAUUAUUACUUUACUAUUUAUAAUGAUAUUAUGAACUUAUCUAUUUAACAAAUUUUGCGAUUAUUAUAAUGAUGAAGUGAAAAGACCUUUAAAAAAAUUAAUUAUAAUGAUAAAAUUACAGAGGAAGAUAAGAAUUUCAAAAAAAAAGGAAAAUGAGAGAGAAAAUCAUAUUGAAAAGAACUAUUAAUGCAUUUCAAGUAUUUUCAAUUGAGGAUGUAAGAAGAAAAAUUAUCUUCAGAUUGAGUUAUAAGAAACUUAUCCUUUCUUCUUCUAUUUCACAUUUUUCAUUCCCUAUUUUUUAUUGUUCAUUUUCUAAGCCAGAUGAUUAAAACUCUCCUAAAACUGACUUUUCGAUAUUUGAUAAAGCAGACUUGACAAUUGGUUGUGGUAUUGAAAUCUUCUAUACAAAGUAAUUUACAAAAAAAAAUGAUCUUUAAAGUAAAAUUGCAAAACUCUAAAGUAAUCCAAUUUACUUGAAUGUAUAAUCAUCUAUCUUGCGGAGCCUUUUUCUUGCUUGGGAAGAAGUGAAGGCGAAGAAGAGUAAAAAUUAAGCAUUGACAUAUUGUUUGGCAAAAUGAUCUUAUACAAAAGUCUGCAUAAACCCUGAAAAAAAGCAAGGUUACUGAUCGUGUUUGGAAGGGGAAUACCUCUAUAUAAUUUUAUUAAUCCCACAUAAAGUCAACACAGUAUACGGAAUAUUAACUGUAAAACCAAUACCAGAAUUUAAAUGACCAUUUUUAUUGCAUUUGACAGAUCAUUUGACGUUGAACUUCUGUUGAUGUUUACCGAAAAGGAUGAGAAACUUAUUAAAAAAAAAACAAAUUGUCAAUGACAAUAAGAAAAGUAAUGUCACAUUUUGAAAGAAACUGAACAUCAAAUGUAAAUAUCUAUUUUUAUAACGAUUUUUAAGCAUUUUUCCACCUUAUUUUGAACAUAAAGCACUCCCAAUGGCAAAUAGUAUAACAAUUUGUCUCCAUGUGAAACACUUAUCAUGAUUUAACACAAAUUUGAAAUGCAUUUUAUUUCUGCAUGUGAAAUUUGUGAAGUAAAUGAAAAUACAGUGUCAAAGCUAAAAACAAAAAUAAUAAAAUGAAACUGAAUGUGAAAGAGAAGCACUUGAAAAAAAAACUAUAUAAUGUCUGUCAUUGUUGUAAUACAAAUCGGCCUAAAAUAUUUUCUUGUUACCUUAAAGAACAGAAGAUUGAUGGAAGAAAGAAUAACAAGGUACAAAUGCUUGCGAACAAUUUCUCAUAGAAUAGAUGAUAUAUUUUUUUGGCCUAUUUUUCUAUAUACUUGUAAUAAAUUUUUAUAUACAAAAUGAUGGUGAAACAAUAUGGCUUAUCUAAAUAAGAAAUAAAAGAAAAGAAAAUUCUCACAGGCCUUAAGGAAAUACUAUUGACAAAAAAAAAGAAUCAAUUAAAUGUGUUAUCAAACUAAAUGUAAACAAAAAAUAUGUAUUUUGUUUGCUUCACAAUUUCACUAUGCUAACAUUUCGUUGAGAAAGGCAAAUUUUUGAAAUAAUUUUUACGUUCUUAAAUUAAUUGAAAUUCUACAACAAACAGAGAGACAAAUCAAUUGUUGUUGGAAAUAAUAGGGAAAAAAGGAGAAGUUAUGGUCUUAUUUUCAGCAAUUUAAUGACUUUGUCAGACAUUUUGUUCAAUUAAUAAGAAGCAAAGAAUGAUGAAACUAACAAUGAAUCACAAAUGUGAGUGAAAAUCGAGAAAGUUCCCCGGCCUUAUCCUCUUGCAUAAUAAACUCAGCUGUCGUUAGACAACUAAGCCAUUUCAUCUGACGAUGUGUUUGAUACACGUGAUUGGUAAAAAUUCUCAAUUUUCUCUGAUAUGCACAGAAUUCACACUAAUGAAGAAAAUCAAAAAUGUCAAUUACUACAAUCAAUUCACAUUGCAUCAACAUUUUUAUCUCUCAAACUUUCCACAUAUAUUUUUUCCGUGGUAUCAUUCUGGUGGAGUUUUAUUUUCUUUGGUUUAAAAAUUCACGAUAUUUCCUCAGAAAUGUCAUUCUCUCACAACUCCUAAACUCGUAAACUUAUAUUAUGUUCGUCUGAUUUUAUGUGAAUCACAUUGAAUUCACACAUACUGAGAUAUUUAUUGACUACCGUUUUCUUACCUCAAACACCGGGAAUUCGGCAAAUUUCAACAUCUUUCGCAAAGAUGUAGGCAAAUUAGGUGCAUCACAUCCGGUUGCGGGUCAGAAAUAAUACAUUUAGAAACUUCAUACAGUACAAUUGUGUCUAUUUAUGGCGUCAACUCUCAUUGGCUUGUUGCAUAAUUUGCACAGUGUUGGCCAAAUAUCCUCAAUUGACCCACGCUUGCAUGCGAUUUUACUACACUCGUCGCCAACAUAUGCCCUUAACCCUCGACACCCCGCCCUUUUAUCUCUCUGGUUGACGCAUAAAAUUGGAGACAAAAUUGGCAAAUAUAUAAAUUUUAUUGCCAUCAGAAAGUGACUGAAUCACACCACACGAAUUCAUCAGUCGCAACACCGAGAUUGACGUUAAUCAUCAAUCUCUAUCUGUGUCCAGUGAUUGCACUGGAGUGGGCGUGAGCAAACACUGGAUGAUGUGAGUCACAAGAUGAUUCUCACGAUAAUCCCUUAUCGUUAAAUGUGGUCUCUGUACAUUCCCAUGGGAUUAAUUACGCGAAAAGCCACGAGACGAUAGAUCAAUAAAUGACAGACAUUUGAUUUAUUUUCAGCCCUUUUGAUUCACGAUGUUUGGUCAAAUUCACCAUCAAAAGGGGUGAAACGUCUGUGCUACAAAUAAUCACAAAAUUCAUAUUUAAAUAAAUAAGAUAUCAAAUUCAGCACUAAAGUAGUCACUUGAAAACCAGAAAAUAUUUCAAGAAACAAAGAAUUUUUGCUCCUUUGAGCACAUUUCAAUGCACACAAAUUGAGCUUUUGUAUUUCCAGAAAUCUCUUCAUCAUGAAAUCCUUAUCAGAACAAGUUUUGACUGGAGUUAUUUUUAUUGGAAAAAAAAUGUCUUCUUAAUCCUCUUUGUGAAAUAAAAAAUCUCCAGAUUUUAAUUAAUAUCUUAUAAAAUGUGGAUUUUGUAAGUUUGAAUAGGACCAAAAAUUUUGGUCUUCUUGACGUAAUUUCGUGAAGAUUCGCCAACAAAUCGUGCUGAAUUUCUCCCCAAAAAGCCAUCAGAAUAGCUUGUGUUGUGAUAAGAUUCCGUCGGAAAUUUAAUCAAAUAUAAAAUGGUAAAUUUCUAAGGCAAACAGAAGAAAUUCGUUGAAUAUGAUUUUCAAAACUGUCUUCAGACAUGAUUUCAUUGAUCAACACUUCGCCAUAGAUAAAUUCCGGCAGGAAUGAGGGGCGAAAGGUCAAUUGCACUCGGGCCACCCCCUGAGCGUGUUGAAUUAAAUAAAAUGGGCUGUGUAAGGGUUGGCAGGCGGGCGACGAAAUGGUCAGACAUCACACAAGUUGAUCAAUUCAGUAAGAAGUUGAUAAGACAGCGAAGGAGGAAACAGCAGAGUGAAAAUUUCACACUUUACUGUGGGUGGAUUUUGCUACACUUUCUCUCAAUACAAUUUCUUCGGGGUGAAAUUGUUUUGAGCAAAAUUUUCCAAUCAACCAACCAUAAUAUAUUCCACAAUAAGUUUAAUUACAAAAGAUAAUAGGAAAUAUGCAAAUAUUAAGGGGAAAUUUUCCAUUGUUAUUAUGUCAGUUUUCAACAUAGAAUCGUUGAAAGCCAUUUUUUUUAUAUGUGUGUUCACAUUUUUGCAAUUCCGUGCGAAAGGAGAGGAAAAUCCAAUUUUCCAUUUAAUCUAUUUCGAAUUUGGCGUUAGUAGUGAAUAAUUUAAGCGCAUUCUGGCAUAAAAGGUCAAAAGAACUGACUAUAAGCGAUGAAUAUAUUCUGCUGUUGAAAGUACGUAUCAAUCAUCCGGCAAAAUGCCAUAAAUAUGAGCCCCAGAAGGCAAAACAGUAGCAAAAAAAGCACAUAUUUCAGUUGAUUGAGCGGAAAGAAGCAUGAAAAAAUAGAACACGCGUGAAGAUUCUGAGCAUUAAACAUUGAAAGAGGCAUCAGAAUGAUUAAAAUUGUGCUACUCUUUGCAUGACAUCUGCAAUGGGUAUUACAAUUCUGGAUCCAUCGCAUAAAAUGUCACCAAUAAUCGUGGAGGGAAUGUAUCAAUUGCGAUAAGCACAAUUUGCGAGAAAGGCCAUCAUCUCACCUUUUCAAAAUAGAUAUUUAUUGCCACAGGUUGGAUCAUUGGCACGCAUUUGCACGUGACGCAAAAAGGUUAAAACACUUUGACCUCUAUGGUCACAUUAUCUGUCCUCAUUUAUAUCAAUAUUGAACACUGGGAGAGGAUGUUUACAAACUUCCGCUUUCAGACACAUAAAACCAUAUUAUAAGACGCUCUACUAUUGACAAUUAUGCUCGUGCUUCGUGCCAAUACACUGGAAUUACUGAAGGGAAAUAUCACCACAAUUGCGCGUCAAUUAAAGGUGUGCACAGCACUCGGUCAGAUCAACAGUGGAAUGCAUAGAAAGUCGAGUCAAAAGCAGAAAAUCUAAUGACGUUCUGAUAUAAUUUAUUUCAUAAUAAAAUCAAGAAGUUUUCAUCAAUUCAUUUGGAAUUAAAUAUUCGUAAGACUUUGGGUUUUAUGUGAAUUUAGUGAAAUGAAUUCUUUUGCUUCAAGUGCCUAAACAGCCUGAACUGUUCAAUUUAUCUAUUUCACAACUUAAUAGACACUUUUGCUGACUACUGUUAUCUGUCUCUGGGGAAAAAUUCAGUUCUCAUGAACACAUCUGAAGAAUUUCUUGGGGAAUUUCCUUGACCAUGCUUCUGUGUGUCGUGUCAAAGGGCAAGAAAUCAUCGGGCUGUGGAAUGUCCUGGGGGAGUACUUAAAUUUCUACUCUCGAUGUCAUAGACAUAAAGUACGUAGGUGUAAAAGUAGUUGUAAUGUGUAUUUACUUGGCAUUAUUAAUCAAGGUGGACUUGAUUGCCAUUAAAGUGAAGAUUAUUAUUAUCGUUGCUGCACCUUUAGAAAUUUAUUGAUUGACGAGGUGAAAUUGAGCGGAGGCUGAGCUCAGUGUUGUAGAAAAGCUAAUGUUUAAAUUGAGAGCGUGAAGAAUCUCCAGUGAAAUGGUAUCGAAUGGUAUUUUUGACGAUUUUUACUCUUUAACAUACACAAAGAAAAAAACCCCGCCAAUUUGGUUCACAAAUACGCGAUAUAAUAAAAUUGAACAUGAAUCAAAAGAGAGACGCAAACUGAUGGUAGAAGAAUUGUUCAUAAUUUUAUUAUAUUCUUUUGGAUAUGAAAAUUGUCGUCAAAAAUAUCUGGAGCCAACGAUACUGUGUCACAAAUGAUUUUUAUGGUAUUGCAUAUCCUGAUGCAUAAGGAAAGUCUGCGGGGGACACCAGAAAGUCCACCGCAAGACAAUGUGGGCAUUUAUUUACAAAACUGAGCUCAUGCUCAAUUCCACCAACGCGCGGCACUUUCUUCGUCACUUCAUAUACUCGUACACAUAAAUAAAUACACAAAAGGGAGACUAUUUAAUGGAAAUUUAUCGCACGUAAGGAAGCCGCACACGCCAAAUUCAAAUGGCUUUUUCAAUAUGUUAUUCGUGAAGAGCGUGUGAGGAGAUUAUUUAGAAGAUUAUAUUAUUAGGAUUAAGGGAAAUAUUUUAAUUGACAACUCCUCCUGGGCAUCCUGUGGCCCACGGGCGGACUCUGCUGGUUGACAGAGCGCAGAGAGAAAACAAUAUUCAUGGCAAUUCCUAAGAAAGAACACAAAGGGAGUAAGAAAGACGUGAGAGAAAUUGAUUUAAUUGCCAGCACGAGUUCUCAGCAUCGCAACAGUCAGAUAUAUUUUGAGCUACACACCGUUUUAUCUCCCAUGGCGGAGGACUGAGAGCCAUCCUAAAAAUGAAAUUCUCAUGUAAUGUCCUCCAGCGUGACGGCAAAUGAGUCCCCAUAAAGAUAAUCCCCAGUGAAGUGUGGGUGUUUCUUGCACCUCAAGGCACACUCUCGCAAGCACUUGCUAUUAUCAAAUGCAGACGAGAGAUUGCAUAGGAUUCAGACUGACGAAUGGAAAAUAUGAACAAGUUCCAGGAAACAGGAACUCCAAUACAUUUUCCGUUUCUCAUACAGCACAAAAAUUUAGUCUAUCUUAUAUUUACACUUAUUAUCAAAUGACGUUGAGAAUAUAAAUAAUAAUAAGAUUUCUUUGGAAUUUUAAUUAUAUUAAUACAGAAUGAAUCUCGCUACAGAAAUAAUUUCUGCUUAAAUCCUAUAAAAAUACAAGCAUUUUUCUCGAGUAAUCAUUUCAAAAAUACACCUUGCAAACAUUACUUGUUUCUGCAGUGAAACACUUCUUUUCAUCUCCACUGUUUCCCAUAAAUCCCACUUCAUCCGGAGUUUGCAAUUCAAUGGAAAUCCCAUGGAGAGGAGCCAUAAAGGUGCAAAAGACCAUAAAACACUCGUUGAGAACACCUUACCGGAGAAAUCACUGUGAAUAAUUGAUGUGUUUUGCGUUUAAAUUCAACGGUGGUCCUUUGAUGACCUCCUGGAAGAUUUCGCGAGUCGUAAUAAAAUAUUGAGCAUCGUGAGGGCGUCAACUAAGAAUAACUCACACGUUGACCCAAAAUAUCCCACGGACUUAUCACUGGCCUAAUGCAAAAUUGAUUGGGCUUCGCUGAAUAAUUAAGCGAAUCCUUUUAGUCGGCCUAAAGACAUCCCAUGAAAGUUAAAUGGAUCAUCUCGUGGGUUCAGUUUCAAACAUGUGUAUAGUUAAAUUGGUGAAACUUUCCUUCGUUCCCAGGGAGAUUUGCCUUUAGGCCGCAGAGAAACUUGAGAGAAUUGCAAUUUUUUUUUCUGUUUGCUUUAUCAAUUCUUUCGUGUUUCCAAACCAUGCGUCUUUGUCCACCACAAGAAUAUUUAUUGGGCGAAAAAGUUUUCGUGUAUCACCAGACAUUUUUCAUACACUGUGAGAAACCAAGGAGUGAUUUUCCACCAGGAAAAAGUCACAAGUAAACAAGAUAAUUGUAUUAACUGAGAAUGACACUAAAAAAAAAUGUUGAUGCAAAGAAUUUCCAUGUGAAGCGAUUCCUCAAGACAUUUUACACGUAAAGACAGAAGUUAUAAGAUAUUAUGCACGAAAAUGCACAAAAUAUUGCACACAAGUGAAUGCACAUUUUAAAAAGUAGGUGAUAAAAAGCACUGUAUAAUGACAAUGAAUCCUCUUAAGUAUUAUUUUUUCCUUCUGUUUCUGCCUUUUUUUUAUUAUUUAAUAAUAAUGAAAAUAGUAAAAAAAAUCCUCUUAAUAUCAUGAAUUCAAUGUAAGAGCAAUAUUUUCAGGCUGAUGAGUUGUUUGAAAUUUCCUCAAUUAUCCUUCAAUUUAUCGCAAAAGAGAAUAAUAAAAGAAUAAUAAUAAUCAACUGAAAAUAUGGAUGUUAAUGUGAAUGUUAUGCACUACCAGUUGUUCAACCCUAUGAGAUAAUAAAGGCACAAUAAUUGUCAUUUACAUAAUGUAAAGCACAUAAUGAAGAGAGAAUACUUAAAAAAAAACAC